AUGUCCUUACAGCCUGGUGAAUUCACCAUGAAAGAUGAAAUGCUUCACCCCUACGGAGACUGCUGUAGAUGGAUUCAGUAUGUUGCAAGCAAACAAGCUAAAUAUGGGACAAAAAUAUUUGCUCUGUGUGCUGCAAAAACAUUUCAUUGCAGUAAUCUGGAGGUUUAUUGCGGCAUGCAUCCUAAAGACAAUAUUGGGUAUCUUAUGCUCCUGAGGAUGAGGAACCUUACAAGUGGCAGUUGCUACACAAGCUGCCUCCUUUCUGAAUAUUUGCUGCAGAAGACUAUCAUUUGCAUUGGUACAAUGAUGAAGAACAGACGAAGAAAUUGGAAGUGCAAUGUUUGA